AAUAGAAAAAGAAAAAAAAGCAGUAGCGGUCUCUCCCAUCUCUUUUUUUUUUUUUUGUCGACCCAUGUAAAAAAGGAAAAAAAAGGAAGUGAGCAAUCUCUGGGUCGUCCCCUUCUUCUUCGGGUUGGUGUCUCUGGUAAAAAAUAAAGAAGGCGGAGAAUCAAGAAAGCGAAGGCACCAAUGCCAGCCCAGAAGCGGUCAUUGCCAGAGAAUCUUGACGACGAAGAGUCCAGCCUUCAUCACCAAAACCAUACCAAGCAAUCGCGAACCGAAGAUGACCAAAACAAGGCUGAAGAUGAGACAACGCAACUGGAAGAAGAAAGAGAACCAGAGCAUGAACGACAACAAUACCAGAAACAAGAACCUGAUGGCCAAAAUCACCAAGUACAACUCCAAGCCGCCCACGACGAAGAUGAAGAUGAUUCUGAUGGAAGCCAAUCUUCUAGUUCUCAAGAGAAACCCGAAUUUGUCUUUGUAGAACUUCCAGAAAUUCGUAAAGAUGUUCAAUGUCCAAUUUGUUUAGGAAUCAUAAAGAAAACAAGAACUGUAAUGGAAUGCCUGCACCGUUUUUGCAGAGAAUGCAUUGACAAAUCAAUGCGACUGGGAAACAAUGAGUGUCCUGCUUGCCGUACACAUUGUGCUAGUCGACGUUCUUUGAGAGAUGAUCCAAACUAUGAUGCCUUGAUUGCAGCCUUAUAUCCAGAUAUUGAUAAGUAUGAAGAGGAGGAAUUGGCUUUUCAUGAAGAGGAAAGGACUCGCAAUAAGCAGAUUCAAGCAUCAAUUGCCCAAAUAUUUCAGAGACAAUCAGAAGCACUCGUUAAACGACGAAGUCUUGGCAAAGAGAGCACAGGUUCCUUUAUUACUAGAUCACAACGUAAUCAUCGGAGUGCUCAUCCACGUCGGAGAAGGAACUCUAGAGGGGCUGAGCAUCAAGGAUCUGAAGACAACGAGGAUGAAAAUGAUGAUAAUGGAGGUGAUGAUUCAUCUUCCACCGAUGAGCGCUCCACAGAAGUGAGGCAGAGAAGGCAAAAAAGACGGACUGGAGCUCAGUCAUCCCUGCCUUCUUCAUCAGUGGUAAACUCAGAUGGUGGAUGUGUUGAAAAUGAUACAGAAGUGUCUAGAGACACUAGAGGAAUUUCUCCUGUCUGGAAUCCAGACAUGCUUGCUUGGGGGAGGGGUGGUGCUCGGAGUCACACUCGACAUGGAUAUUCUGGCGGUGGCAGUAGCAAGAGUUCACGUGCUCGCUUAAACAGACUGGUCGAGCACCUCCGGAGCUUGGAGGAAAAUGAUGAUGAGUUGGAUGUUCAUCUCAAGCUUAUUUCGGUGGAUGAACAAAGUACGUCAAGUUUGCAGCAAUCCUACCUUUGUUGUCGGCCCAGCCUGUCAGUUAAGCAGCUAUGCGAAUACAUUGCUCUCCAGACACCAUUGCGAGCUGAAGAAGUAGAAAUAUUAAUGGUAAAAGGACAAUAUAAUACUACUGAUGACUACUCCAAGCCAACUCCUUUGACCUCAGAGGAUGCAGUACGAAUUUUGGAAGGUCAAGAAACUUUGGCAGGGCUUAAGGUCAAGUGCAGUUCCGGAAGAAAUCAUCUGAUUCUAGCAUAUCGGCAGAAGCAAGCUGGCUAGAAAAUUUGGUUCCAGCAAGAAAGAUGUCGUUGACUUGUUAACCUACAGAUGAGUCGUAUGUAAAAUACACCGAGUGGGAGGUGUCUGGUCGUUUGAUGAAACCAUUGUUUGAGUUGCUUUCUUGGUGAUGUAAAAUUUAGGAUAUGGAAUUGAGAUUUUCGAGGAUGGUAGAAUUAACAGUUUAUGUAUACGAAAUUUGUUUUAAAUUGUUUUAUGGAAAGAAAAUAACAUUAGUCUCUGAUUGCCAACACGAGUACAUACAAUUUGCUUUGCCUG